UAUUUGAUGACUCAGAAUGAAACCACAAAUGACAACUAAUUACUGCUUCACUGCAAGGCCAAGUUCCUCUGCAGGUUGUUUCUGACUUAAAGCUUAAUUUUUAGAAUUAUAUGCAGUCUUGUAAUCCUUAUUUACUUCCAGUAAGGCCAGAAAAGGUUAUAAACACAUGAGAGAAGAAAUGGAGUUUGCAUAUACAAAGUAUGGUGGAAUUUUAUGUUUCAGGAAGUCUGAGUCUGAGCAGGCUGUGCAGUGUCACAGUGUGGUGUCCAGGGCAGACGAGGGUCCGGGUGAAUACAGUGACCACUCCCGGCCUCCUCUCGACCCCUUUAGAAAUCAACACAGCGGGUGAUUGGAUUUCACGCUCUUUUAUCUUUUAACUAGCCUGAUAACAGGGACGGAAAAAGCAAUGAUGAGCUUGUGUACACGUGUGUAAAAACUCUCCAUGGUCACUUAGCAGAGCCCCCAUUAGGCUUGGAUCUCCUUCCAGGUUGCCCGGUGAUAGAGUAAACAGAGCGAGUCUGACCGAUCCGGCACGCAAAUAUUUGUUUUAGGAAGGUGCCCUGGUUCGACAGGAGACACAUGUCAGCUGCGGUAUAAAAUCAGAGAACACUGUCACUCAUCAGCUCACACACAGGACCCGGACUCUCUCCUCCAGGACAAAUCCAGCUCCAAGGUAGGAAAACUUUUACACCAAUUGCAGUGUUUUAUGCCUCCUAUGUCCUUGUACUUUUUCUUUUCUUACUGCUUUGACCUCUACAGGUCUGGAGGUGACAUGGCCACAGGCGUCAUCAGGAAUUUCCACAUUCAGGCCCCGGCUCCUCCCUACUUCCACACUUUCUUGCACUCUACAUGCAAGAAGGAUGAGGGUUAUCAGAUGAAGGAGAAGCCACAGGAACGAGAAGAUGAAGAAGAGGAGGAGGAGGAGGAAGAAGAAGAAGAAGAGGAAUGCUUGGAUCAGUUCAUUAUGAAUCCUGCUCAGAAUGUUCUGGAUGUGACUAGUCAGUUGCUGAGGUUCGCUGACCUCAUCAGUCAUGACGUCCAGCGGUAUUUCGGCCGUUCCUCUGCAGAUCGAGAAGCUUGUGACAUCUAUGACGACUCUGUCUCUGUGGUGAGCAGCGGCCGGCUGCGUUACUAUGACGACCUGCUGAGGAUCGCAGGUGCGGGGACUCCGGAGGAGCAGGUGAACGGUGUGGUGGCUCCAGAUGACAACCCAAGACGCAGCGGUUUAGGGCCCCUGGCUGACCUGUUCAACCACAAGGGCUUGGGUCGACUCAGGGUCCAGCCAAUGAUCAACAGGCACCUCCCACUAAGUUUCUGGACUGAGCCAGUUCCUCGCUACCCGCUGGUCGGCUUCAGCAGCACACCUAACAUCACACACACUAGCAGCAGCUCACCUGGACAGACCGACAGCGGCAGACACACACAUUACAACCCACUGAUGCAGCACGGCAUCACCGGCACGGAGCCAGACUUCAGUGACCUGCUGGCCUACUGGGACCCACACCCAGAGUUCACUCACACACUGAUGGACGACACACAUGCAGAAUGAAACACACUGAAACCGCUGCCUGAAACCAACAUGGGUUCCGACCUCUGCAGCUGUUCAACUAACAGAAAUGAACAGGAACAAAACAGGUUGUUUUCUUCUCUUUGUGGUCCUGUAUGUCCUCUGACAAGGAAACGCUUCAAGAAUGUUUAGAUUAGUUGCCGUAGAAGCCAUGCUUUAAUUUUGAAGGAAAGGUUUCUUUCUUUCUCUGGUUAUUUCAAAAACUGAUUAGCCUUUGGAGCACAUUUCAUAUGACAGAUUUCAUUAAGGAUGCACAGAUAUGAAAACGAGGACCCAUAUCAAUAUUAAUUUUAUACCUAUCGUUUUCCGCUAAGGUUCUUUCAGAAUAGAAUAGAAGAUACUUUAUUGAUCCCAAGGGGAAAUUGCUUAUUCGUUGACAAGGUAUCCAUCUAAGGUAUUAAAUAUUAAUAAUAUAAAUAUAACCAUAAUAUUAUAGAUUAUAGUUUAUAAAAAUGUAUACCUAAGAGUGAUGAGAUAAUUCAAUAUGACUGAAUGUAAAUAAAUAAAUAACAAGCAUGCACAUGGAAACAUGUUAAUCUAUAAAUAAUCUACAAAUGAGUGAAGAGUAAAUUAGAUUUUAGUAGCUCAGACUUAGACAUUGUAAAAUCUAAUGACUACAGGCAGAAAUGAUUUUCUGUGUUGCUCUGUGGUUCACUUUGGUAAAAAUGAGUCUGGCUGAAGGUGCUCCUGUAUCCAACCAGCAUGGAUUAGACUCAUUGUCCAAGAUGAUGUGCAUCUAAUAUACUAAUAUAAAUGAUAGUCCAAAUAAACUGUCCAUUCUUACAUUUCAUGCAACAAACCAGCAUUUGUAAGCAUUCUCCCAGUUGGUUUUAAGCUUCAGCUCUUCACCUUAAGAGCAC